AAACAAAUAUGGCAGCAAACAUCGCCAGCAGUAUAUUCAUUCUUUCUGCUCUAUUGUGUGUUAUUUUUGACCCUAUUCAUGCCAGGUCAUUCACGAUUGAUUAUGAGAACGAUUGCUUUCUAAAAGAUGGAAAACCAUUUCGUUAUAUUUCUGCUGGAAUGCAUUAUUUUCGAGUGCCGCGGAUGUACUGGAAGGACAGAUUACUGAAGAUUAAAGCUGCAGGUUUAAACGCCGUUCAAACGUAAGUAUGGCAAACAUAUAGUUACGUCUGGUAAAUUAUUACAUUAAGAUCUAAGAUUAGUAAGAUAUACUUUGCAUAUUGAAUGGUAGAUGUCUACAUUAGCGUAAAUACCCCCAUAUACCUCUGCCCAUAUACAUUAAAUCGAAUUUAAUAAAAAGAAUUAAGUUCCAGCAGCAUCCGCUCAAAAUAAGAAAAAUCAAUAUGCGUUCCACUUCAUGAACUGGAUUUGCCUCGUCCCCAGGGGCGCUUCAUGUGAAAAAAAUGAAAAUUUCAUGUGAGUCCACGAUAUGAAAAGUUUACAUGAAGUAGUGCAUCGCGACGAACAAGCGCAGGGGUUUAUGUGCUUGAGGCAUUCCACCCCACUUUGCGCGCCUAUCAGUGUGAGGCACUACUUCAUGUAAACCUUUUAUAUAGUGAUUCGUAUGUGAAAUCGUUUUAUAGCGUCUGGGGACGAGGCAGGAACUGGAACGCCAUAUUAAAUCAUGUUGAAUUGAGGAUAAAGACGCGCACAUUAUGCCGGAAUUUCUUUUAGAAUAAUAGGGGAUUUUUUGAAACCAGGAAUAAUAGGUUUCGGUAUGACGUUUCGUGCCAACGUAAGUUGUCCCUAAUUGAGGAGAAACUAAUCGCUGAAACCUGUAUGGCCGUAUCCCAGGCUGUAUUCUGUAGAUUGUAGUUCAAACGAAUAACCAAAUGAAGCUUGUAUUUGUUCGCGCGAAGCGAAUUAAUUUUGGCAGUGUGAUUGGUUGCGAAACAUGUACAUUUUUCGCGGCGAAUGCUGAAUAAAUUGCAAUGGCUUACGUCACGGUAAUGGCUAAAAGGGGUUGAAUGAGAGGGAGAUUUUCAAAAGAUACAGUUCACUUUAGGUUAAUGUUAGGAAUAGGGUUAGGUUUAACCGUUUAAGGGUAAGGUUAAUUUAAUACUAAGGUUUAGGAUUGUUGUAAGUGCCUUGUUGUUGAUUCUUUCACGUUUUAACGAUCUUGAAAAAGAGGUGCCAUCUUGAAUAUAUCUCAUCCCCUUUAACAACGACCUUUACGUCACUGAAGGUCUAUAGUGAUCAGUGUUUCCAUUUUGCAAGAAUAACAUCUCCUUCCUUACUUUCCUACUUGCAAAGCGUGAUAAGUCACAUAAAUAUAUCUUGCUAAUCUAUGAAUAGGGAAACAGUGACAAUUAAAACAGAAGUCCAUUUUUCUUUUCCGCCUGUUUUGUUCACAAGGACUUUGUAAACAAAACGUAUACUUCGAUUUUUCAACUUUAUUUCGUUGAACGAGACCUUCAGCAGUAAGGGGCCGACCAGUAGAAAAGUGAUGGCAGAGAGGGAGAUUUCAGCUUGCACGAAUUAUUUUGCUUGUGCUGGAAUUUGUACGUUUUUUCUUUUGUUUCCAUUUUCGCGAAUUUUUUGUCCCCCUUUCUAAUGGUCCGCUCCUAAACAAUUUGCAAUCCAGAUAUUGCCUUCACGACGGCUUAGCUUGACAGUAUACUACGUGGAGAAUGUAGCUAAUUAGGCGGAUUUAAUACGAGGAUUGUCCGAAUCUGCCCAAAUAUCUGCUCUAUCACUUGAGGUCGUUCAAGUCUUGCAAGUGACGUCGCAACAUACCAUGUGGCCAAAUUGUUUGAGUUGAGGUAUUUUAGGUGGCAAAUGUUUAAUGCUUUUAAACUGACAUACUCAGCAUCAAGACAGCUUGCAUGCAUGUUAGACUAAUUUUUGAUCUAGGCAAAAAAAGUAAAUUCCAUAAAGCACUUAUUACAAUUAGUAAAACUGAAAAAUUUGGUUACGUAAUGUUGUAAAAUCUGGAAAAUAUAGCCUUGCGAAGUUUGCCUAUUUUGUAUAUGUUUGUAUUGCGUGCGGAAGUCGUUAUCAUUUUUGAGCCGAAAAUGGUACCAAUUUCCGCGGGUAAUAUAGCUGCCACGCAGGCUACACGUAAUACAAACAUUUGCAAACUUUGCAAGGCUAUAUUUUCCAAGCUUUACGACAUUUCACAACCAAAUUUUGCAAAUUUACUAAUUUCAUUAUGUUCUUUUUAGUGUUUGAUUCCCUUCAUCUCUUUACUUGGUCUAUAACAUGCAAGUUGUCCAUUAGCCGUCAAAUUUUUCCAAGUUUACUUCGUCUUCGACGGAGCUCCAAAUGUUCGCUUUCAAUAAACUGGUGGCAGUAAUAUACGAAUUCAGAAAUUAAAGGCCAUUUUUUGGUGAAUCCAGACAGUGGUUUCCUCUGCUGUCCAUAGUACCCGACCAUUAUUUUUGCCACCCAAAAUCGCUGAUUUCUCCGAGCGUCAUAUAACAUUCGCGCGUAACUACAAGACCUGUCAGUUAUUAGUCCAUAUGUGGUAAUUGCCUAAAAUGUCCGGACGAAUAACUGCUGUGCCGCCAAAAGGCCAAAAUCUAUACCUGACAGUAACAUGUUUGGUAAACCCAGCCUCUGGUUAUCUGCUACCAAUAUAGCUACUGUGUAUAUCGUGUUAUAUAGGUAUGUUGCAUGGAAUGUUCACGAGUCACACCAAGGAACGUAUAACUUUGAGGGUGAUGCAGAUAUUGUGAGCUAUAUUAAAUUAGUACAAGAGACCGGGCUGUUACUUAUCUUGCGACCAGGUUAGUCAAUGUAGUAUAUUGUUCCAGUAUAGAAGUUGUUUUACUUGUUUUUAUCAUACAGCAUUCAGUCAAGCAUCGCAACUCUUCCAUAAAUAUGAAGUAAAUAUAGUUUUCACUGCAAAUUCCUGAAAAAGGCGACUUCGAGGCACAUGAGAAAAUGUAUGUGGUUGGCAGAAUGAAAAUUUCUUUUUACUCCAGUUGUAACGUCAUGCCUCGAGUAACGUAACCUUGAGAGGAAAGAGGCAGGGAACGAGGUUUGAAAAGACGCUGUUUUUCAUGGAAAUAUUUUGAAAACUAAACACCGACGAUACAGAAAAGGGUCUGCUUAUGUUAUUUGAAAAGUACUUUCAAUUAGCCUUUCUUACGAUGACGAAUAUCCGCCAUUUUUGGUGGCAUUCAAUUCUCGUUAACCAAUGCAGACAAUUAAAAUAAUGUAAAAAGCAAUUUUUCAAAAUAAACUAACCAUUUCCAAAGCAAAUUUACCAUCAUUUGUCCAAAAAGUUAUAAAAAAUCGCUGUUAUGUGGACUUAUCUCGCAGAUGGUGGCGUGAGAAAGGCUAAUUAAGACAAAUAUGUAAUUUUUAUUGCGAUUUCACUUUAGUGACUACAACGCCAACGGAAUAUCAGUUACCAAAAUGUUUAUUUCUCGUUUUCUAGGUCCAUAUAUAUGCGCUGAAUGGGAAUUUGUAAGUACCUUGUAACAGGUUUAUCGCGCACGUAAUUUAGUGACACCGCAGUGAGUCGUCUUAAUUUCAAGUCAAUCAGACCAUUGAAAAUUCAAAAUUCACCCCUGAAAAACGGUCAUGAAAUUCUGGCAAAGAUUUAGAUUGAGGGUCAAAACAAGCGCAUCCCUAUAUUAACUUCUCAAAUAAUUGCUGAAACGGUCCUUUGCCUGUUUGGCUUGCAGAAACUUUAACUAUAACAGUAAAACUGUUUCUCUUGGGCUCUUAAAUGGUUUUUAAAGCCGUUUUCCAAUUAUUGUUAUAUUUAGUGAAUUUCAUAAAAUAGUUCAUGUUUUAGGGCGGAUUCCCACCUUGGUUGUUGAAGAAUGCAUCCAUUAUUUUGCGUUCCUCACAAGAUCCGGGUAUGUCAUUUCAAUUUAUAACACGUUCCAGAGCUAAGUGCGAUAUUCUAUUUAGCAAUAUUGUGGACAAAAUCUUUUUAUUACGAGAUUUUAGCCACAAAUUUAGAUUUCGUUUGGACAUUUGUGCCAAAUUAAUCCCACUUUUUCCAAAGAAGAUUCUUUCUCGGGAGAAUUACGUUAAUCCGUGCAUAAUUUUGCGUUGUUCCACUUAAUAUACGUUUGUCAAAACUCUUCAUUAUUGCCAAACAAUUAUUUCUAUAAAAACUGUUCGGACGUAUUUGUUAUAAUAUUUAAAAUUGGCAUCAUUUUGAAAAAUAACACUUGCUAAAUUGUACAAAAAUCAAGUAAACUUUAUUCAGACAACAAAAUGUUGCCUAAUUUAUUAAUACAGCAAGUAUUGUCCAUACUGUAAAAUACACGAAUAUUAUUUACACUAUUAUACAAGAAUUAGCAACAAAAUGUCCUUAAUUUCAAAACAAGUCCAUGUAACCAUUCCAAAAGCAACAAUAUUGACAAGUUAAAAAGGCUUUGGAACACUAAUAUGUAAAACACAUAACAAACGACAUAUACGCAUCCAUGUGAAGUUAAAAAAUCAUUGGAAAACUGCAAAUAUACAUGCAUGGCAUGGACACGUCCACGCCAAGUUAAAAAAGUAAUUGGAACAUAAAUUUCCAAAUGGCAGAACACGUCCACGCCAAUUUUAAAAGGUCAUUGGAACAUAAAUAUACAAUGGCGUGGAUGCGUGUCCACGCCAUUGUAUAUUUAUGUUCCAAUUACUUUCUUAACUUGGCGUGGACUCGUAUUGGCAUGGACGCGUCCACGCCAAGUUAAAAAAGUCAUUCGAACACAAAUAUACAAUGGCAUGGACACGUCCACGCCAAGUUAAAAAAGUAAUUGGAACAUAAAUUUCCAAUGGCAUGGACGCCCCCAUGCCAUUGUAUAUUUAUGUUCCAAUUACUUUUUUAACUUGGCAUGGACGCGUAAAAACGUCAUUCGAACACAAAUAUACAACGGCAUGGACACGUCCACGCCAAGUUAAAUUUAUGUUCCAAUAACCUUUAAAAUUGGCAUGGACGCGUCCAUGCCAUUGGAAAUUUAUGUUCUAAUUACUUUUUUAACUUGGCGUGGACGCGUCCACGCCAUUGUUGGCAUGGACGCGUCCACGCCAAGUUAAAAAAGUCAUUCGAACACAAAUAUACAAUGGCAUGGACGCGUCCACGCCAAGUUAAAAAAGUAAUUGGAACAUAAAUUUCCAAUGGCAUGGACGCGUCCACGUCAUUGUAUAUUUAUGUUCCAAUUACUUUUUUAACUUGGCGUGGACGCGUCCAUGCCAUUGUUGGCAUGGACGCGUCCACGCCAAGUAAAAAGUCAUUCGAACACAAAUAAACAUGGUAUGGACGCGUCCAUGCGAAGCUUUAGGCCGUGUUUAGACCGUAGCAUAGUGAUUUGCAUCCGGAGUGCAAAACGUAGUGGUCCGUACGGUAGUUAAUAUGCUACGGCAAACCAUUCCGUUAUAUUGUAAAUACUAUACUAAGAAACGUAGUGAUUUGUAUUCAGAGUGGCAUAUGUUCUGGUCUAUAGUUAGUACACUGUCGGAAACACAUUAUAUUCUCAGUACUAGAAUGUUAGCCGUAGUGUUAUAGUGUAAACACGACCUUGGGUUGACUGUUGACAUAUACCUGUACCACUCAUCCUAUUCUGUGCCUGAUCAGUCUUUCCUUCAUUUGGGACUUCUCCAAGACCAAGCAUUUUACACCCAAUGACUGACAAGCCUCGUCACAUGAGCCAGAUCCACUGCAUGCAUCAAUAGCAUAAAGUGACUUGUCCGUUACAAAAGUGUUCAAUAUCUGCUCAUAAAGUUUCUCUUUCGUUAAGGACUCGCCUACUUCGGUAAACAGUAUCGGAUUACCAUUCCCGAGGGCUUUUGUGAUUACGAAAAGCCGCAUCUUUGAACUGUAUCCUAUAUAAAUGUGGGUAUAAUGUAUAAAUAAUCAAACAAUCCACUGAUUGAUCCUGUGACACUUUUGUUUGGAAUGGGGGAUCUUGGCAAACAACCAAGAAGGACAAACCCAACAAUGCUGUGCAGCACACAGCCAGCCAUGCCAGUGAUGCCUUCUACCAGCCAGCCAUGCCUAUUAUCAAGAUUCAUAAUUUGUCUGUUCAUACGUACAAAUACGAGAGUAUUAGGCCGAGAGCAUGCAAGUUUAACUGGUCAAAUACACAAUAACCCAGAAGAAAACAUAAUAUUCAUUUUCAUUGUAUCUUUAGCUGAAUUUCCACUGUUGUGAUAAUAUGCCAAAUGGAAGGCUUUGUCCAGUCUGUUCAUCGCAUCAAUAAUAAGACUUAUUUGUUCAAUCGUCUUAGCUGCUGGACAAUUAACAGGAAAGAUGACAAAUGUUGCCUCAUCAACAUUCUUUCUUGCAUUCAUUUCUCUCACCAUUCUAACAAAAUGGGAUAAAAAUAAGAUAAAUUAAUUUUAGUUUGUCUCUUGAUAUUUAUUUUUAAUAUUGUUAAACAUUACCAAUGAUACAUCCAGCAUGGUCUGGUGGUGGUGGUGUUGGUGGUGGUGGGGUUGUGCUCUAGUGCCAAGUGUUUGUUGACAAGCACUCUAAGGGUGUCAAGUGGUGGUUUGAUGGUGUCGGUCGAUGCUUCACGGGUGUUGGUUGGUGUUCCACUGAUGUCAGUAAUAAGCACAUACUACUCAAAUUACUGUUGUCUCAUUAUGGUUUUUUUUUGUAGAUUUGAUUGAUCAAUGACAUUUGCCUGGUAUUUGAAUACUCAAUAGCAAAAUUAGCACACCGUUAGUACAACCCCCCCCUAAUACAAUCAAGUUACAUUCAUUCCAUCACUAGUGGUGGAAACUAUAAAAGAACACAGAAAAAAUAGUACCACAACUAGCAAUACAACUUUGAACUAAUUAAUGGUGGGUUCAUAUUAAGUUUAACUAUUCCAUUAUUAGCCAACAAAAUGAACAGAUGGUAUUUAGAAAACAAACAGGAAACCUCUUACCUUUGGUAAGUCAAGAAACACUAUUUCAGAUCCUUUGGGCAUAACUCAGUCAGGCAAUCAAUAUUUAGAAUUGUGACACCCUCUUUAAAUAUGCCAUCGGUUGCUCUAAACGAAAUAGCACGCUGGACAUAUGACUUGAAACGUUCAGUGAACUUUCCACGUACAACAUCACCCCUAAAACCUUGAAUGCUUUCUUCAUUGGUAAACUCGGGAUAUCUGUAAUAUAUAAAAGAGAACAUUCAUCACAGUAAAGAGAGAUAUGAUAUACUCUGUAGAGAUAUGAUAUACUCUGCAUCAUGUUUAACAGCUCAGGAAAGGGCAGUUCUGAAUAAUGUGUACAGUGCGUCUACAGUAAGUGGGGCCACUUAGAGCACACUAACCCUAACCCUAACCCUAACCAUAAUCCUAAUCUAAUCAAACUAAAGCCUGUCCAAUCAAAAGAAAGAUUCAGGAAGCCAUUAACUGCAGUGUUUACUUUUACAAGUCUAUUUUUACGGUUUGGCAUUUGUUUAUUUGUUCAAAUUGUUUUGACCUAAUGCGGAUUGGCUAAUGAGCCGUUUGUUGAUUUUUUCAAUUUUUGUUUUGCAAUGUGAUUGGUUAGUGUUCUCUAAGUGGCCCCACUUACUGUAGACGCACUGUAACAGUUGCUUAUAUGGAGUUUUACAGGUUUUUCUCUCCUAUAUGUUGUUGCGGUGUCCUUUUCUUUUUUCUUCUCCUGGAAAUGUUCAAUGCAGCAGCUUACAGUUUAAACCAACUAGUAUAAACAGUACCUUUCUCGCGCUUCUUGCCAGGAUAAGCAAUUUGAAUACUUGGCGAAGAAACUUUGCAAUGCAUGCAUCUCUUUUAACCGAACGAGGUCAGAUUCCAUUUUUGCCAACGACUUCUCUUUAGAGUUAACUUCACUCAAGAUGUUGAUCAACUCCAGCUCAGUGAUAUUCCCUCUCAUACACUUCAGUUUACCAUAUGGGAAAUCUGCCUGACACUUAAUGUCUUUCAGUACUUUCUUUGUUGCUCUUUGCCCCUUUAAUCUCAUUUGGCGGUAGUUGGUUACCAUUUCGAGCACCAGUUCGAACACCUUUUCACUAACAUCAGCGCUCACAAAGAAAAUAUUUGCAAGUGUACUCUCCUAUAAAAUAAAUUAACCAAACAAUUUUAGACAAUUUAACAGGGGGCAUGCUAAAGUAGGGUGACGUGUUAAAGGAUUAAUAUGCCCCAUGCAUACUACUUUUACAAAUUAACACUUCUAAUGCAAGAUAAUUUUCCUGGUCAAGAAAAAGCAUGUACAUAACAAUUCGCACAGCAGUUUUCAAGUGACCUGCAUAUGCACACAGUGGUAUCACAAUAUUGGCAAGGUAAUUAAAUACUAUAAGUAAACAACAACGCUAUACCGGAAUUGCAGGGCCGUAGGUUCAAUUCCUACCAGAGGACCUUGUGCUUCAGUUUUCAAGUGCCCUGCAUAUGCACACAGUGGUAACACAAUAUUGGCAAGGUAAUUAAAUACUAAAAGUAAACAACAACACUAUACCGGAAUCGCAGGGCCGUAGGUUCAAUUCCUACCAGAGGACCUUGUGCUGCAGUUUUCAAGUGCCCUGCAUAUGCACACAGUGGUAACACAAUAUUGGCAAGGUAAUUAAAUACUAAAAGUAAUUAAACAACAACGCUGCACCGGAAUCGCAGGGCCGUAGGUUCAAUUCGUACCAGAGGACCUUGUGCUGCAUUUUUCGCAGGCGUUCCUGGUUAGGUCUUAGCAUGUAUAUAUGCUCACUUGGAUUACAAACCCUAACAUUCUAAUAUUAAUUCCACCAAGUGAAGUGCAAGAAUCCAAAUAAUUGAAGUCCACCUUAUCACAACCCGCACACCCGAUUACCUAUAUAUAUAUACAUGAACUUACGGUUACAGCUCAACAGCUGGCCUCUGUAGUUCAGUUGGUUAGAGCGCUGCACCGGAAUCGCAGGGCCGUAGGUUCAAUUCCUACCAGAGGACCUUGUGCUGCAUUUUUCGCAGUCGUUCCUGGGUAGGUCUUAAAAUGUAUAUAUGCUCACUUGGAUUACAAACCCUAACAUUCGAAUAACAUAUAUUACCCUGUAUAUAUACAUUGAGCAUAUACAUGAUCAUGUAUAUGUUUUCUGAUCGGCUGCACAAAACAAGAGUGAUUAUAAUUAAAAUAAUUAAAGGGUGACUGACUGGUGCCAUAAUGAACUAGCAAAACUUACGGAUUCACCAAUAACAGAAGAACACAUAUUCUUCCAUUCAGGGGAUUUCUUCAUAAGAAAUUUAUUAACAAGGAUCUUUCGGCACAAUCUCAUCUACAGUUAAAGAAAGUGUAACAUGAAGAACAAAAUAUUAGGGAACAAAGAUAGAAUCUGAUAAUUGCAAAUCCAUUCGACAUUAAUUCGAACUUGAAAAAGUACUUUUGAUACCAGGUGUUCAUAAACAUUUACUCAUGAUACCAGCAGCAGCAUUGCACCUACAAACGUGUUCUAAUUCAAUAUUUUACCUACCACCUACCACUUUAUUAUAUAUUUUCAUGUUGGCGUCGAUUUAUCCAAACCAACUAUUAAUAUGUUUGCAAAAUAUUCCUAAUUUAUCAACCAUGUACAAAAAUGGUCUCGACAUGUCGGUAACAUCUGCUUUGAAAAAUGACCUAUUUAGUGUCUUUUCAUGUUGGCAUCGAUUUAUCCAAACCAACUAUUAAUUAAUAUGUUCGCAAAAUAUUCCUAAUUUAACAACCAUGUGCAAAUGUGGUCUCGACAUGUCGGUGACAUCUGCUUUGAAAAAUGACCUAUUUAGUGUCUUUUCAUGUUGGCGUCGAUUUAUCCAAACCAACUAUUAAUAUGUUUGCAAAAUAUUCCUAAUUUAUCAACCAUGUGCAAAUAUGGUCUCGACAUGUUGGUGACAUCUUUUUUGAAAAAUGGCCUGUUUAGUGUCUUUUCAUGUUGGCGUCGAUUAUUGGAGUUUAAUAUUAUCAACAUACAUAACAUAAAGUAAUUUUAUAUUCUUAACGAGAAGAGCGUAUAAUUAUUUUUUAGUAAUUUUAUAGUAUAGUAAUUUUAGUAGUCAAUGCAUGCACUAUGUUCUAACACUUAGUAUAUAUUUUUAACACUUGAUGUUAAGCGCUAUUGAGCUAUGGGAAAUGGCGCUAUAUAAAUGAAUUAUAAUAUAAUAAUAAUAAUAAUGUCGGUGACAUCCGCUUUGAAAAAUGACCUAUUUAGUGUCUUUUCAUGUUAGCGUCGAUUUAUCCAAACCAACUAUUAAUAUAUUUGCAAAAUAUUCCUAAUUUAUCAACUAUGUCAAAAUGUGGUCUAGACAAAUCAGUGACAACUGCUGUUUAAUAAUUCAUAUUUCGUGUCUUUGGAAUACUGGCUUGGAUUUAUCCAAACCAAUUUUUAAAAUACUUGAAAAUAUCCCUAUUUUAUGAGCAGUGGCGUAACGGGAGGGUGUCAGGGUGUCCAGUGACGGGGGGCCCCCGAACUUUAGGGGCCCCCGACAAAAAUGACAAUAAAAAAUUUGAUAGCACAUUUCUGGGGAAUUGAAUUCAUUGAAUUGAAUUGAAUUGAAUUGAAUUAAAAAAACCAUACUCUGGAAAGGCUAAAUCCGUGGAGAAAUUGGGGGGGGGGGGGGUACACGUAGCAUUCCUGAAGCUGAGACGGAUUAAGUACGUCGCGACUGAGGAAAAGGACGAUAUACUAGAAUAAUUUAAUCCCAAUCUCAAUGUCCGGAAAAAAAUUUGGACCCCUAAAAUGGUACACUGACCGAAAAGUGGUACACCACUCGCCAGAAAAAUUUUUGGAGCCUAUUUUUAGGGGAGCAAAGGGGGCCCAAAGUGGCCGAUUGACGGAGGGCCCCCAGCGGUUGCGUUACGCCACUGUUUAUGAGCUACAUAGAAAUGUGGUUUCAACAUAUCAAUGACAAUUCCAUUAUGAAAAUCAUGUAGUGUCUUUUCGUGUUAAUAUUGAUUAUUGGCUUGGAUUUAUCCAAACCAACAAUUAAAAUGCCGAUCGGUGACUACUGCUUUUAAAAUGACCAAAACCUCUUCUUUAGUUUUUACACUCAAACCUAUUGAAAAUAUUGAUCUUUUCUACAUUUUUUUGCAACACGUAAUAUUUUUUGGCAAAAUUACACCAAAAUGUUAACUUUUAGCAUAGGAUAUUAUGAGAUUUUACAUUUGUGGACAUUUUUCUCGCAUGAGGUCUAUUUGUCCAUAUUUUUAAGUAAAUAGAAUAUCACACUUUGCUCUGGAACGUGUUUUAUGUUUAUAUAUACUGCUUGUUUGAUUUCUGAGAAUUCGCCAUUGUGAAAUGAAUGGUGCAUGCCGGCAAUUGAAAAACAUUACAUUCAAAAGAUCGAAAGUAUAUUUAUAAUAAAAAAUACAUAAUUGUAAUUGUUAUAUAACUAGGGUGUACCAAAAUACCAAACGUGCAUAGCUUUAGAUAAAUCAUAAAUAAACAAAAUGGCGGCACAACUCGCACGUACUUGGCACUUGCGACUAAUAGCAGGAAUCUAGUCCAGCUUAGAUGUUUAUAAGGUUAUAAAUACGGUAUAUUUUCCCGUUUGCUAUCAGCGAGCUUCCCAGUAGCUCAGUGGAUACAGUUUAUAAAAUGCGCAGGAAUCUAGUCGACCUGCGAUCAGGCGUUCUUGAGAGACCCUACGUCUAAACCUAAACCUAACCUUAAACACAACCCGCAUCCCAAACCCUGUGUCCCUGUCCCUAUAAACCCCUUCGCCUUAACUUAAUUAAAACUUAAAAAAAAAGUUUCCAAAAAGUAAAACUACUUCACCAUUACAGUCGCAUACCGUGAUUUUUCAAGUUUGUAUUAAGAUAAAGAAUGUAAAAGAGAAGAAAAUACACAACAAGCAAUAGGAUAUGCUGCGCGCUGAAACCGUUUAAGUAGUUUCUUUUAAUUUUAAACUCGUUUACAUGCACUGUAGAGUUUUUGUCACGAAAUACAAUUUUUGUAUAAAUGUUGUUACGUUGAUUUUUCUUUGUCUGGAAUUAGUUAGUUUUGUUUCCCCUCGAAUCUCAAUGUUUCCCUCGACUUCGUCUUGUGAAAUAUCGAGACACUCGGGAAAAUAAAACUAUUUCUUUCGGGAGCAGACAUUUAAGUGUAUAAUAUAACCCAAAGCUUAUUAGGCAAAGUGAAAAAUCAUGUGAAUUUAACAAAAAAUAGAAAAUACUUUUUCUUACUGUAUAAUGUAUUAUAUAUAUGUAUACGAUUAUUAUAUAGUGUAUAUCUCGGCAGUAACGUCAUGGUUUAAAGUUCUUUUAACAAAAUUACGACCAUAUUUAUAUUCAAAUGGUGGACCGAUAAUUUCCGCGCAGGUAUGUUUUUUUUGUUUUUUUUUUCAUUUUCUCCAAUUUACCCUAUAAAGAUCUUUGGAAGCACAUCUCGUACGAUCAAAAGAUAAGCUUGUUUCUUUUCAGUAAUUUCACGUUUAAUAAUACCACUGAUCCUGCCUCCUCCACAGACCCUGCUGCACCAUGGUAAUGUUACACACAAAUUCUACCUUACUAACCUCUCAGGCCUAGCCAAAGAGGUUAUCAGAAUUUUUGAGAGUAACAUUCAUACAUUUAUUAGACAUAACCA